AUGACUCGUGGUAACCAGCGGGAGACGGAUCGCGCAAAGGCGCAGAAGAAAGCGGCAGCGGCCAAAGGCAAGCCUAAAGAGAGCAAUGCGAGCCUGCAGAAGCGGAAGGAGCACGAUGCGGAGGUUUUACGCGCCAAGCAGAAAAAAAAGGAUGAGGAAAAGAGCACAGCGGGUGCGUCAGGAGGUGAUGGUAAAUAA